CCGUUAUUUCAUUCACAUAAAAGACUAAAUAUUGCAUGUGGGUUGUUUUUUUUUAGCCCUUGGCUUCCUUUUUCUCUUUCUGUCUUUCCUCUUCUUGUGACAUACGAGGACCUGCCUCAUCAUCCCUGCCUUUAUGUUUGCCUUUGUUUCUAAGGAGAAAAGGCAGACGUGCACUUUUUUUCUUCUCUCUUGCCAGGCAGGAAACAGAGAUAUUGGGAAGGACUGCAGUGCGAAAUCUGCAGUACAGUGAGAGCGGAAGCUGCUUAUGAAUGAGUGUCAGUAUUUCAGCUUUGCUAAAUGCUGCUGAGGACAUUUUAUACAGAUGUGUGCUUUCUGCUGACUGGGGGAGACAAUGAUGCUGUUCUGCUGCGUUUCUUAUUGGCUUUCUUGAGCUUUUUGUUUUAUCAUUUUGUCGUACUCACCUGAGAAAAAUGUCAGCCUCUGCUUUAUUUGUUUAUUUUAUUCGCUUCUUUUAAUCAUUACGUUAAUUUCAUUCAGACAAGACCAGUUGCUGGGCAUUUUUCUGAAUUUUUGCCAUCUUUCUAGAAGUCAAACCAAUUAUUUUGUAAUUCAUGUUUGGUUUUCUUUGUGGAUUUUUUGGCCACAUUUAAGUUAAAAUUAUAAACAUUUUAUUUUGGAAAAUUUAAGAUAUAUAUAUAUAUUUUUUUCUUUACUCAGUUUAAAUUUUAAUAUGUUGGAGAGACAGUUAAUACAGAUUAUUUGGUAGAUUUUUGUUUGUGUGAAGCUGCUCUCCGGGCUUGGUGUCUGCUUUAUGUUUCGCUGUUCUGAUAAAAUAACAUGGGCAAUAUACUUAAAUAUAUUUCCAGUCAUGCCAGCUUAUUACUGCAUUUUUCAUUUUAGUUACUUAUUUUUUUUAUUUAAAAUAAUUUUUAAUUUCGAAAUUUUUAUUAAAAGUUGCUCAUAUUUCUGAAUAAUUUGUGAGGUAAUAUCCUUGCAUAGUUUUUCUCUAUGAAUUUUCUGCUGUUUCAAGAUCUGAUCUAAUGCAGAUUUUUUUUAUUCAUUCUUUGGCAAGUAUGAUCAUUACAACCCGCCCUCCCCUCCAAUCUUCAUUUACUGUCCUCUGAGAAGCAAAUGAGAAAAUAAGGUGUUGCAGGGAAUAAAUAUGAGUCUAGGGAAUUUAAAAACUGAUUGGUUCUAGUGUGCUGUUAGUGGGAGUUUUUUUUCCUCUCCCUCCAACAGGAAGUGAUUUGCGGUGUUCAGCAAGCCUUUUGUUGAGAAGGUUUUCUCAGAUCAGUGAGUCAUGCUUCAGCUCUGAGCCGGCAGGCAGCAGCCAGCAGAGAGUAUUUGCUCUUUCCUUGCAGUGUCCGUGAUGAUCAGCGACAUUCAUCUCUUUUCUGUUCCAGUUUUGGGGAUUUUUCUUUUUUUUUUUUCUUUUUGAGAAGCAGCUCUAAGAAGAAAAAGCAGAAGCAUCGCAGCUUGAAAAACUGCAUCCCAAAAACUGGGAGGGUUUUUUAUUUUUUUAUCCUCGACUUCUUGUGCUACAGUGUUGUGUUUCCACAGAUUUUGUCUCUAACGGAUUGUAUUUCUGCUCUGGAUUUUACUGAGAAACGAUUGGACUUUGGUGACAGCAACAGCUCUGCACAUUGAACCGCCACUGUAAACUCAACAGAGAGGAAAAAAAAUUUACAGUCAGGUGGCCUGUGAUUGCUGAGAGGCGUUCGCUGCCUGUGCUACUGCUGCUAUGUUACAGGAGAGGGUUAUCAGCACGGUUUGGCCACGUCUGCCUGCACGCCUGUGAAGGAGGCAGGCUGUGUGUGUUGGUUGGUUGGUGGAGACAAGAGGAGUGAGCUAUAGAGGGAAGGGUAUGCUUCACCGUACCAAGUAUAACCGCUUCAGGAAUGAGUCAGUAACAUCUGUCGAUGAGCUUCUCCACGGCCUGUCCAUGAACCCCAAGGUCUCGGCCUCCUCCCAGUCUGCAGCCGAGACAUCCUUCGCACCCCCAAGCGAGGUCCAGCCCUCCGCCACCGCUGCCGUCCCUUCCAGCAACACAACCAGCCAUGGCUCAGAGCAUCUGGAGGAUGGAGGCACCACCCUCUGCACUCUCAUCAACAAGGUCUCCGGCCUGAAAUUCAGCAACUCGGGCAGCCUGCUUGGCAUCAAGGGUCUACCCUCGGCCGUCAAGGACCUGGCCGUGUCCAAGCUGCAAGGGGGUGGGGGUGCGGGCUCCAGCCCCAGCAGCGUGGCGGCGGCAGCAGCAGCAACAGUCGUCUCUGGUGUGGGAGGGUCUCAGUGCAGCUCCCAUUCGACCCCCUGCACACAGUUGGAGACAGCUGUCAGCAUGAGCAAGAAGAGCAAACUGGACGAUCUCCAGCCUAGAGGAGAGGAUUGGAAUCCAGGUGGGGGUGGUGGAUUGGUGAGCAAGCCCUCCAGAGGAUGGCUGCACUCGAAUGAGAAGAUAUCUGGCCCAGGAGUCACAUACGUUGUGAAGUAUCUGGGCUGCAUAGAAGUCCUACGAUCUAUGAGAUCCUUGGAUUUCACUACAAGGUCACAAAUAACAAGGGAAGCUAUCAGCCUGGUGUGUGAAGCAGUUCCUGGGACCAAAGGAGCACUGCGGAAAAGAAAGCCACCAUCCAAAGCUCUGUCCAACAUUUUGGGCAAGAGUAAUCUCCAGUUUGCUGGCAUGUCCAUCAACCUGAAUAUCUCCACCAGUAGCCUCAACCUAAUGACCCCCGACUGCAAACAGAUCAUUGCCAACCAUCACAUGCAGUCUAUCUCUUUUGCAUCAGGUGGAGACCCUGAUACCACAGAUUAUGUUGCCUAUGUAGCAAAGGACCCGGUCAACAGAAGAGCAUGUCACAUCCUUGAAUGCUCCGACGGGCUUGCUCAGGAUGUUAUUAGCACCAUCGGCCAGGCGUUUGACCUUCGCUUCCAGCAGUACUUGCAGUGUCCCUCUAGCAAGAUGUCCUCAGUCCAUGACAGAGUAUUAAACAUGGAGGAGUUGGCAUGGACAGAGGAAGAAGAGGAGUCAACAGAACAUCCUUAUUAUAACAACAUCCCUGGCAAAAUGCCACCUCAAGGAGGCUUUAUUGAUACUCGACUGACAAAUCAGAAUGCAGCAUCUGAAGGAGGCCAGACUGGUCCGGGCUCGGUGGAUCAGACGUACUACCAGGGACGGCAUUGUGACAACUGGGCUGAUGAAAGGAAAGCCAUUUUCCUGCAGCAGGGAUCUUUCGAUAUCAGCAGUCUGCCAGAGAAUAAAGGUCAGACACCAAAAGCAGCGGAGAUGCCCAUGUAUGUGAACACCCAGCAGAUUGAUGCCCAGGUGCUUGCAGCUCUCCAGGCAGAAGCAGAAAAUGCCACAAAGGGCAUAGUAGAGGCAGGCAAAGAGAGCCCCCAGAAGGACCUGUUUGACAUGAAGCCCUUUGAGGAAGCCAUUCAGUCCCAGUCCCAGCCACUGGCCCCGGGGCAGUCCCAGACUCAAGUGUCCAACCUUCAGAAGGCAGCUUCUGUUGACAACUCGAGCCCUCUCCUGGUGCGAUCUUUGGCUUUCCGCGCGCAAGAGGAGCUGGAAGGUCAGACGUGGUACCAUGGCAAAAUGAGCCGCCGUGAUGCUGAGAAACUGCUUAAGAGCGAUGGGGAUUUUCUUGUCCGCACAAGCACUACCAACCCAGGGUCCUACGUUCUGACUGGUAUGCACAAUGGACUUGCCAAACAUUUGCUGCUUGUGGACCCUGAAGGCACGGUACGGACAAAAGAUCAUAUAUUUGACAGCAUUAGCCACCUUAUUGGCCACCACCGUGACAACAAUUUGCCAAUUGUCUCAGCUGGGAGUGAACUCUGUCUCCAUCAGCCUGUUGAAAGGAAAUUGUGAUGCUUGAAAUGCCUGAUGGGAAGCAGAGGGCCUUCCCUCUCCUGGAACUGGAAGAUGCCUACAAAAGGCUCAAUGUGCUCAACACUGACCUGCUUUACUGGAGUCACUGGAGUACUCAAGAUUUGUUAAGGAUUAAGGAAAACUAUUUAUAGAAUUGCUAUUAUUUUGUUGUGAUGACUGAAAUGCUAUAUUUUUGAGAAGAAAAAUUGGUGCAUUUGGACUUAAUACUUUGAUUUGGUGUUUAAAGAAACAAUAAAGCGACAAAUUGUUCUUGUAGUUUAGAUGAAGUGCAAAUAAAACCUCAGAGGCGAGAAGAAUAUUUUAAAAUAAAACUCUAAACUAAG